CGUUAGCUUCUCUCAACAGUGCAGUCUUUGAGUGUCGCUCUCUUAGCUUCAUGGAUCUAGGCCUAGAGUGCUCAGCCAAACGGGAAUGUCUGGAUUUAGAAACCUGUGGGCGGGAAUCCGCAGAUGAUGUCACUAGAGGUGUCACCGAGGGCCCCUGAGACCCGCCCCACUCCUGGGGAAAGGCAGUGGACCCGGCGCUCUGUUUUUACGUAUUUCCGGAGUCUCUUCUGAGACCAAAGGUUGUGUUGGGGAACUGGAGCAGGUUCUGUGGGCGGACAGGGAACCCUGCGUUUCUACCGUGUGAUCCGGCCACCUUCCUGGCCCGACGCCAUGGGAGUGACUUGUGUGUCCCAGAUGCCUGUGGCUGAGGGCAAGAGUGUUCAGCAAACCGUAGAGCUCCUUACCCGGAAAUUGGAGAUGCUUGGGGCAGAGAAGCAAGGAACAUUUUGUGUGGACUGUGAGACUUACCAUACGGCUGCAUCUACCCUUGGCAGCCAAGGUCAGACCGGGAAGCUGAUGUAUGUGAUGCACAACUCAGAGUACCCAUUGAGCUGUUUCGCUCUCUUUGAGAAUGGCCCUUGUCUUAUUGCUGACACCAACUUUGAUGUGCUUAUGGUGAAGCUCAAGGGCUUUUUCCAGAGUGCUAAGGCCAGCAAGAUUGAAACCCGGGGCACCCGGUACCAGUACUGUGACUUCCUGGUGAAGGUGGGCACGGUCACAAUGGGGCCCAGUGCCCGGGGCAUCUCUGUGGAGGUGGAGUAUGGCCCGUGUGUGGUAGCUAGUGACUGCUGGAGCCUGCUGCUUGAGUUCCUACAGAGUUUUCUAGGCAGCCACACACCAGGGGCUCCUGCAGUGUUUGGGAACAGACAUGAUGCAGUCUACGGCCCAGCAGAUACCAUGGUCCAGUACAUGGAACUCUUCAACAAGAUCCGCAAGCAGCAGCAGGUGCCGGUGGCUGGGAUUCGUUAGUGAUGAGCAGCUGCCAGCUGAGCUCUGUCACCAGGGGUACUCCACAGGAGAAGCAGGUGCUGACUCUCAGGUUCCCGGACCCCAGAAACCCAGGGUAGACAUGGAGUCUACUCUCCUUCUCUGGUUCCCAGCUGUGGCUUUUGUUCUGGGGCUCUGGAGUCCCCUCCCCAACCCCCUGACUCUCACACAUAGCCCCCCAUCAGCUGUUUUACUCCAUUCCUUACUGGAUUUGGCCUGUCCUCAAGAAUGGUAAUUAUGAAGAAUGGAGAAGUUUGGACCCUGCCUCCUUUAGGGGAAAGGUAGGACAGGAAUGUCCCUGCCUGGUAUUGGUGGGGGAAACAGUCUGUAUCCCCAACUAUUGGGGAUUUGUCUCAGGCCCACCGUGAACAUGCUGCAUUUUAUGUUUGGACUGUGCUGUAAUAAGAGCCUCUUCCUUUUGUCAGAGGAUGUAACUGGGCUUCUAUCCUGGAGAUGGAGUGGAAGGCACAACUGGUUUGAUAGUUACCAUUUUCUGACCUGUUUGCUGAAGUGAUUUGCGAAUUGACUUUCCUAGGAUGUUGCCUGAGUCCUUUGAACUCUCCUUCUGACAUCUUUCCCUUCUGUUGUGAAAUAUGUUAAGCCACAGGCCAAACUGCUAUAAGAUAGAAGUUUGUUUUUUUCUCACCUAAUAAUAGAGAGGUAAUCAGAUGGUCUAGGGCAGAUUUAACUCUACAAAGUUAUCAGGAACUUGGUUUCUUUCUGUCUUAUUCAGCCAUUCCCAGUAUGUUUUCUUACCCACAAUAUCAAAGAAGACUCAUCAGCUCCAUAUCUGCAUUCUCCUGGGGAAAGAAAGAGAGAAAAGAUCUAUUUUUUUAAAAAAGAUAGACUGAGCAUUGCUCAAAUCACUGUGGCCACACUGCUGAAAGAGAUGCUGGGACAUAGAGCCUCUUAUCUUGCUCAAAUCACUGUGGCCACACUUUGCUGAAAGAGAUGUUGGGACAUAGAGCCUCUUAUCUGGGCAGUCAUGUGCCGAGUUAAAACUCAGGGAUGCUGUGACUACAAGAUGAAAGAGAAUUGUGACUACAAGUUGCUGAGACCCAGUUAAUGGCCUCUGCUACAUGGAGCUCAAUGGACAUGCCCAGGAAUGCUCUUGGCUGUUCAUUUGUAGUUAAUACCUCCUGUAACUAAAGCAUUCGUUUAUGAAUUGACUUGAGAGAAGGGCUGAUCUCAGAGUCACUUUGAGCUAAGUUGGAUUAGUCACACUAGGAAGUUAAUUCCACACCCUUCGUCUAAGUCUCAGUAUUGAGGCCUCUCCAGUUCUCAUGCACCCUAAUCUUGUGUUAGAACACUUGACCCUGAUAUGUGCACCUUGCUUCAUGGUUGCCUGAGCUCUUUCUCCUGUUUCAUUUGAACCUCCAAACUACAUAUUUGGCCAUAUUGCCUGCCUACCCCAAGCCUGCUGCAGAAAUAUUCAUCCAGGUAUAACCUUGAUAUACACAGAGAUGGUCUUAGGAGAAUUGUUAAUGUAUGUACUGUAUUGUCAUCAAGGAUACUGUCCCUUAUUUGAAGACAUCUAAAGAGAAACUGUUUUCAGAUCCAAGUGCUCAGAUCUAAAGCCUCUGCAAAAGUCAGGUAGUGGUCAUGUUUCCCUUCUAGUUUUAGCUGACAGGAAGCUCAAUUCAGUAUCAUAACUACAGAACCUGUCAUUUGUAUUUUUUGUUCUCACGCCCUGUUUUUGUUAUUUUGUUUCUGGUUUUUUAUAUUGAGGUAUGUUUUAGAUAUUGUUUACAAAAAUAAAAUGCACAGAUCUUA